AUGUGCUACUUCUGUCAUGUUCUUAAUAAAAAUCCACAUGCACCAUUACAUCACAGUUCUAAGUGUUGGGAUAAAGCAAAUUCGUUUUCACAUAUACCCAUGGAUAAAAGAAUGUAUGAAAAUGGAAAACGUAUUCAAAAGGAACAAUCAAAUACGGAUACAACUUGCACAGUUUGUUUGGAACGAUCACGAAAUAUGACAUUUAUUCCAUGUGGUCAUGUAGCUACAUGUGAUAUAUGUUCAUCAAAUCUGGUGGAUUGUCCUAUAUGUCGUCAACAUAUUACUGGCAAACAAAAACUUUAUUUUCCUUAA